ACUGGCUGCGAACUAACACUGACGUGCCUAGUAAUGGCACUUAUAAAGCAACUGAAGCGGGUGUCAAGGUUCUCCCGAUCGCCAUCGGUGUUGUACUGGGUGCGGUGGUAAUAUUGGUGGCUGUUGCGGUUUACGUGUUUCUGUUGAGAUCGAGAAGACAAGGAGACAUGACGGGCAAGAACGUUGGAGGAGACRCCACCACUGGAAGGCACACCCAUACAAGUAAGGCUUCACAGAUAGUGGUGAUUUGUUGUUCAGUGCAUCUGCAGUCAGCUGGCGGGUUCGAUUCCUGGAAACCGAGGCAGGAAUCGAACCUGUGACCUGACUGCAG